ACUUUUUUUUGGUUUUCACGGAGGAUAACGCCGACCCAUUUCUUUCUCUCUCCUCUUUUCGCUUUCUCUCUCUACUUUCUCUCUCUUCUCAGUAGUCAAUCUUCAUUCUUUCUCUCUCUAGAACUGAAGAACAUUUUUUCUUUUUUUUGGUUUUAGGAACUUUAAUUUUCUACUAAACGAAAAAAUUGAAAUAAAAAUUAGAUCCCUUUAUUUUUUCUGUCUCUUCUUCUUUAUCUUUUCUCUGCUUUUGUUUGAUUCAACUUUGUGUGAAAAUUAUCCCCAAAUUUCCCGCCUAAUUUCUUUGUCAAAAUUCUGGGUUUUGAAAUUCUCGGAAAUCGAAGAAAUUGAAUUUACAUUCGUUAUAUUUCUGGGGAUUUUUCUGGGAUUGAAGAAUUUGUUGUAUGGUGUUUCUUUCUCUGUUGCAUCUGAUAAGUUUUGAAAAAAAAAAUUCGAGAUUUGAUAUGUUAGGGUUUGUUAAUUAGGGUUUUCAGUGUGAUUUCGAAUUCGAAGAUUGGGUAAAUUUUGGAUUCGAAAUUUGGGUUGAAGUUGAGAUGAUUAUCAAACGAAGUUUGAAAUCGACAAUGCCUACCCUAAAACGGUGUCGUGUUAUUCAAUCAUCGAACACCGAGGAAGAAGAUAACAUUAGGAAGAAGAGAAAGCACAACAACUACAACAACAACAACAAUAUCAGCAAUAAUAAUGGUAAUGGUAGUAGUAAUUAUUUUCCAUUGAGUCUUCUGGGUGAAGUUGCUGCAGGUGUUAUUCCAUUUAGUGGAUUUCAUCGGUUUUUUUCGUCGAAUAAUAAUAACAAUGCUGAUUUCCGGGAAUUUGCUGCGUCGUGGUGCACUGAGGUUUCGUGCUCCCCUGCUGAGGAAGAGGACGGGGAGGAGGACGAGGAGGAGGUGGUGGAGGAUGGGAGGAGAGAGAGAAUGAGUAAGGUGAAAACUCGGCAUGUUUCGGAGGUGGCAAAGGAGAGCCGGAGACCGCCAUUGGUGAGGACGUCGAGGGGACGAGCUCAGGUACUUCCUUCUAGAUUUAAUGAUUCAAUUCUUGAUGAUUGGAAGAAGGAAAAGAGUAGUAAGAAUAAUAAUGCUGCUAGUUAUAGAGAAUGUGAUGAUGAUGAUUAUGAUGAUGAUGGUAAUGAUAAUGAUAAUGAUGAAGACGAUGAUGAUGAUGAUUAUGUUAGUGUAACCAAGAAUGAGAGAUUUGGUCUGAAAGCACAGAAGGGUAAGGUUAGUUGGGGUAAAUAUAGGGGGAAUGGACAUAAAUGGGAUGAUCAAAAUUGUGGGGUGUCAACGUCUACUGAGGAGCUUGGUUAUGGUAAUGGUUUUGAUGAUGAGGAUGAUGAGGAAGAAUGUGGGUGGAGAGGUGGGAGGCCAAUGAAUCAUGAGGUAAGGCGGUAUUCUAGUUCCCGUAGCACUUUAACCUCAUCGCGUGAUCGAGGGCAUUGGGUGGAAUAUGGGAAAACGGCUGCUGGUUUGCGUGGUAAUAAUGGGAGGUUGAUGCAGCAUCACGGAUGGGAGAAUGGUGAAAUGGGUAUGGAUGAAUAUGUUCCGGGUGAUAUAGUGUGGGUAAAAUCGGGAAAGAAUGAUCCGGCAUGGCCAGCAAUAGUUAUUGAUCCUGCGUCACAAGCUCCACGACGGGUUUUGGAAUUCCGUGUUCCUAGAGCAGUCUGUGUGAUGUAUUUUGGGUACUCGAAGAAUGGAAAGCAAAGGGACUAUGCUUGGGUAAAGCGUGAAAGGAUUUAUUCAUUUGCGGAUAAUGUGGACAGGUUCCAGGAGCAAGCCUGGCAGAAUGGUUGUGAGCCAAGCAACUUUCACAAGGCGCUAGAGGAGGCUUUUCUGGCAGAAAAUGGAUUUCUGGAAACAUUAAUGCAGGAGAUAGAUAUGGCAGCUGGAAGAGCUUCUUGCUUUGAUUCCAUUUCCAGAGGGGCACAGGAGGCCACUGGUUCAAACCAGUACCAGGAAUUGCACCAUCACAACCAGAAUGGCUAUAAGAAAGCAAAAGACACACCAUCAUGUGCAGGAUGUGGUGCUGGCCUUCCACUCAAGAUGAAGAAGACAGGAAAGGCUUCAGGCUCUGAAGGUCAUUUUUAUUGUGCGACUUGUGCCAAGUCGCUGAGAUUGAAACAGUACUGUGGUAUUUGCAAAAAGAUUGGAAGUCACUCAGACAGUGGUAAAUGGGUGAGGUGCGAUGGUUGUAAAGUUUGGGUGCAUGCAGAAUGUGACAGAAUUUCAAGCAACCUUUUCAAGGAUCUUGGGGCCACCGACUACUACUGCCCUGAUUGCAAAGUGAAGUUCAACUUUGAAUUGUCAGAUUCAGAAAAUCAGCCUAGAGUCAAGUAUUAUAGAAAUAAUGAUCAGGUCAAGCUGCCGGAUAAGGUUAAUGUUGUUUGCUCAGGCAUGGAAGGCAUAUAUUUUCCUAGCCUCCAUUUAGUUGUAUGCAAAUGCGGAUAUUGUGGGACAUCGAAGCAGCAACUUAGCGAGUGGGAAAGGCAUACGGGUUCCAAAGUGAAGAACUGGAAGAUGAGUAUUAGGGUCAAAGGAUCUAUGCUGACUCUGGAGCAGUGGAUGUUGCAGAUGGCAGAAUAUCAUGCACAAGCUGCUGCUUCUUCUAAGCCUCCUAAAAAACCUUCGCUGAAAGUUCGAAGGCAGAAACUGCUUUCUUUCUUGCAAGAAAAAUAUGAGCCUGUUUAUGCUAAAUGGACAACCGAAAGAUGUGCUGUUUGCAGGUGGGUUGAAGAUUGGGAUUACAACAAAAUCAUUAUCUGCAACAGAUGUCAAAUCGCUGUCCAUCAAGAAUGCUAUGGAGCUAGAGAUGUACGAGAUCUAACUUCGUGGGUAUGCAGAGCUUGUGAAACACCAGAUAUUGAACGCGAGUGUUGCCUUUGUCCUGUAAAAGGAGGUGCAUUGAAGGCAACUGAUAUUGGCACAUUGUGGGUCCAUGUAACUUGCGCCUGGUUUAGGCCUGAAGUUUCCUUUGCCAGUGAUGAACAGAUGGAACCUGCUAUGGGAAUUUUGAGCAUUCCGUCAAGUGCAUUUGUAAAGGUGUGUAUAAUUUGUAAGCAGAUACAUGGUGCCUGUACUCAGUGUUGUAAGUGUUCGACUUAUUACCAUGCGAUGUGCGCAUCAAGAGCUGGCUACCGCAUGGAGUUGCAUUGCUUAGAAAAGAGUGGGAAACAGAUCACCAAGAUGGUUUCUUAUUGUGCUUACCACAGGGCUCCUAAUCCAGACACCGUUCUUAUUGUACAGACCCCAUCAGGGGUUUUCUCCGCAAAAAAUUUACUUCAGAAUAAAAAACGGACUGGUUCAAGGUUAAUUUCAUCUACAAGAUCAGAAUCCGGAGAGGCUCCAGUACAAGAGGUCAGUGAAGCUGAUCCAGACUCCGCAGCGAGGUGCCGGAUAUACCAGCGACCCAAAAACAAGAACUAUAAGAGGACAGAAAAAGAAGCUGUUGCACAUAAAGUUAGAUGGCCUUGUCUUCAUUCUUUGCGAGAAAUGGAACGGUUGAAUGCAUAUCGAGAAGUGGAGGAGCCUAAAACAUUUUCAACUUUUAGAGAGCGGCUAUACCAUUUGCAGCGAACAGAAAAUGAUCGAGUUUGCUUUGGUAGAUCUGGAAUACAUGGAUGGGGUCUCUUUUCUCGUCGUGACAUUCAGGAAGGAGAGAUGGUUCUUGAAUAUCGUGGAGAGCAAGUGAGGCGCAGUAUUGCAGAUCUGAGAGAAGCUCGUUAUCGGAUAGAAGGAAAAGACUGCUAUCUGUUUAAAAUCAGUGAAGAAGUAGUAGUGGAUGCUACAGACAAGGGAAACAUUGCUCGCCUAAUCAAUCACUCAUGCAUGCCGAACUGCUAUGCAAGAAUCAUGAGUGUUGGUGACGAUGAGAGCCGAAUUGUUCUGAUUGCCAAAACUACUGUCCCUGCUGGUGAUGAGCUAACGUACGAUUACUUGUUUGAUCCGGACGAGCCUGAUGAGUUCAAGGUGCCCUGUUUAUGUAAAGCUCCAAACUGUAGAAAGUUCAUGAAUUAGGCAAAUAGCAUACACAUUGUUUCUCCUCAAGGAGGAAUUCUAACCUGCUCGUCUUCUUCACCUGGAUUCCAGGCUUAACCAAUUGGUAACAACCCCUUUUUGGCCUCUUUACAAAAUCUGUACAAAUUUGUUCCUCGUUUCGCCCUCUUCUUUGUUUCAAUAAGACCCACCCCCCCCCAAAAAAAGAAAGGAAACAAAAACAAAGUAUAUGUAGAGUGUUUAUUAGGUAGGUAGGUAGUUAGUCUUGAUGUAUAUGGUUAACACACAUUCAUUAUCUUAAUUUUGUUGUUUUUCCUCCUUUUGCAAUAGUUUUACAUGUAAUAUCUGCCUCCAGAAACUUCAGGUCUUCUUUACAGUUGAGCGUUUCUUCGUAUACGUGCGUGCGAUCUUUGAUAAAGACGAUGAUCACAUGAUAAUCUAUUCAUGUAGUUUUGUGCUGAUUUUGAUUGUAAAUUUUUUUUUGCUCAAGGAUACUAAAAAUGAACAUUAUUAUUUUGAGCUCA